AUGCCGCAUCAUCUUCAACACAAUCCUCAAAAUCCAAACCAAGAAGAGCUUGAUACAAAAGUUCAAAAUGCUAUUAGAAAGAACCAUUCUACAAUCAAAAAGAAUAAUAUUAAAGUUUAUAAAUUGGAUGGUGGUGAUUAUAUUAUUAAUUCAAUUGUUUAUAAAAUGGAUUUAGAUAAAGAUGGUAUUUUAUUGGCAGAAUCAAUUAAAGAUGGAGAAGUUUGUCCAAUUGAUAAAUGUUUCGACAAACCAAAUCAACAAGGUAAAUCUAAAAAAGAUUCAUUCCCAUAUUUAUUACUUUUGGGUGGUAUCAUUAUCUUAUCUUCAGUCCUUUACAACUCUUACCCAAAGAAUUUAUUUUAUGAAAAACCAACUUAA